AUGCCUCCUUCCUCGGCGACGGCGGGUGCGCACCGCACCUCCACCUCCACCUCCUUCCUUCUCCUCCAUCCUUCUGCUACAGCCACUCUCAUUCACAGAAAACCAUUCUUAAUUUCUUGUACUCUCACUCCAUUUCCAUCAAAACCCAUCAAGAGAAAAAACUAUCUCCGCCCCAAAAUCCUCAAAACCAUAAUAAAACCCUCUCCCAACCCCCUCCCCCAAUCACCCCCAGCAAACCCAAUUAAUCCCAGUGAAACUCCACCUGAACAAAGUCCUAAUUUUCCCUUCGACCAAUUCUCCAGUGAAGAGCUAAAACUGCCAGAAACUCAUGACUUUCGGAGCUCUGAAAUUUCCCAGUCCGUUGGAGUUAUCGACGGCAGUGUUGGUAAAUUUUCUAGAACUUCUGUCCUUAAAUUUGGGUUGUGGUUGGUUGGUGUCUUUAUGCUUCAGACAAUUUGUGCUGUUUGGUUACUUGAGUCAGCUAAUUCUGACCCCAAAGGUGAAGAUUUGGAUGGUGAAGAUAAAGCCAAGGUUCUAGAAUUGCGGUCAGUGGGAAUUGAAAAAACCAAAUUGAAUUUUUUCUCAAACAAAAGAAAAACUGAACAACUGGGGCUUGAACAAGGUGGAAUUGCAUACGUGUAUGACAGUGACUUCGAGGAGAAAAUUGACGAAAUUCGAGAAAUGGCGAGGGAAGCAAGACUGAGGGAAAAAUUGGAGUCUAAGACAAAUGAUUUGGAGGAUAGUGAUGAUGAUGAUGUUCUUAUUAGAAGUGGGAUCAAAAAGGAGGUUGAUAAACGAUUAGUUAAUUUAAGGAAGAUGUUGCGCAAGAGUCGUGAGAGAAUAUCAGUGUCAUCGGUUAGUUACUUGGGCAAAGAGGUUAAGGUUGAAAACGGGGUGGAUGAGGGUGGGUUGGGAGUGAAAGAGGUGAAUGAGGCAUUGAUGUUUAAGAAGAAGUUUAAAUUUAGAAGUCCAUCGAUUGAGCCAAGUGAUAAACCUAAGGGGUUCAUGGGUCGGGAAAAACAUGGUGUUAGUAAGGCGAAAGACACAAGUUUGGAUAGUGAAAAUGAAAUUUUCAGAAGUGGAGGUGUUGGUGAUAACGGUGCGGAUUUGUUGGACAAAGAACAGCAAUUAGACCUGCCUGGUAGCAGUUUGCAAGAAAAUGUUCCGAUGUCUUUGGAGGAUGAGAGUGGAAGGGAACCACUGAAGGAAGAGACUAAAUCCAUGCAAUCUAAAAGAAAGAAAUUAGGCAAAGCAAGGGAGACUUCAAAACUGAGAAAGGCAAUGGGAGUUGCAAAACCGAAACCUGGAACUGUUAUCUUGCAGGAGAGAAGAAGCUAUGAGAGCCCUCAGGUUGAAGCUGUGAAAUUUGGAGAAUCGAGCAAGCUGGAGGGACCACAUUCUCAAAUCUUCAGCAAAGACAACCAGAAUAAAAUUGUAACAUCCGACCACCAUAAUGUAUUGAGUAGGAAUGGCAGUUUGAAUAGCAAAAAAGCGGCAAACACACAAUCGGCCAAUGAAGUUGGGGAUAAUAGAACAAACAAGGGGACUGAUUUGUGGUGGUCGGGUCUUCCAUAUGUUCUGGCCAUUUUCAUGUGUAGAGGUCAUGAUGGUGAAGGAUCAAAAGGGCUAUUUACCAUAAGAAGCAUAUCUCAGGCAGAGGGUGACCCAUCUCAUACUCUUGCUUUUGAGGACCGUAGUGAUGCCACUAACUUUUGUUAUAUUCUGCAAUCCUUCUUCGAAGAUCUGGGUGAUUUUAGUUCUGACGUUGUACCUCUAUCAAUAAAAGUGAACUCGCCUUAGAUGAAGCUUUGGGAGACACUAACAUGAGUACCUGUCAAAGUGUUUCUGUUACAAUGUCCUAACUCCUUGUUGUCAAAUGAUACUGUCAUGCCAUUCCUGUACAGCAGUGACAGAAUUUCUUUUAUUGAAGAGCAACACUGAUACUGAAUUGGAAACCUAAACUUUAUCAGGAACUUGAUGAGGCAGUGAAAUCAAAUGCUAUGAAGGUUCUUGUUGUGAAGAAGGGACAACUUAACCUUUAUGCUGGGCAACCACUAGCUGAAGUUGAGAUGACCUUGCGUUCUUUGGUUGGAAGAAGUUGAAGCAGGAGGUGGAGCGACUUCAAAAUGGAUAUUGGCUUUUUUUGGAGCUAAUACACGAUGAAUUUGGGAACACUAUUUGCAUCAUCUUCCUUCCCCGAUGAAGCAUUUUCAGGCAAGAAUGGGUUGAAUUCCUGUAUUGACCACUUAAUACUGGCAUUGGUGGAGUACGGAGAGAGGCAAACUUGUAAGGUGAUUAACAAUGUACAGAUUCUUAGUUGGCUUAAAUAGCUCGAGGAAUUCAAUUAUAAUUGCAUUUUUUUUCUUUGAUUACAGAUUACGUGUAUUUCUGAUUAAAUUACAUUUUUCCA